AUGGUGGUUGAAACGAGAGGAGGUAAGAGGAAGGAUAAUCCAACGAAGGAAGAGGCUCGGAGAGUGAAGUUUGCGAAGGAGAAGGAGACGAGUCAGACGACGGCGGCGGAGGCCUCCGAUAACAUCGAGAAGACGACGGAGAUGGCGGAGACUGCGGAGAAGACGAGUGAGGACUCGAGGGAGACUACGGCGGGAGGAACGAAGCCGACUGAGCCGACUGCUCCGACGACAGUUGUUGGUGGCCCAUCUCCUCCAGCUCCUCCAGCUCCUCCAGCAACUCCGGCGAUUGGAACUCAUUCUGGAGAUGAUGAGAUUGAAGGUUCUGAAGAAGGAAAUGAAGACGGAGAAGAUUCUGAAGAAGAGAAUGGAGAUGGAGAUGGAGCUGCGGAAGGAAAGGAUGAUGAGAAUGGAGGUUCCGAAGAUGAAGCUUCUGAAAAUGAAGCUUCUGAAAAAGAAGCUUCUGAAAAUGAAGCUUCUGAAAAUGAAGCUUGUGAAGAUGAAAUGGAUGAUGAUAAUGGAGGUUCUGAAGAAGAAAAUGGAGAAGGAGAAGAAGAGUUAGCAGAUGGAGAUAGAGAAGCCUCUAGAGAAGCAAACGAGGAUGAUAAUGAGAAUCCACCAGAGAACGAGAAUGAGAAUCCACCAGAGAACCAGAAUGAGAAUCCACCAGAACCCGAGGGGAACUUGGAUAUCACUGUUUGGAUAUAA